AUGGGAAACGAUGCAUACGAGAAUGUGGUCGGUGGGAAGCUAAAGCUGAAGGGUAAGGCUUUGGAUGUGAAGGCAGCUUCCGGCGGGAUUUCUAAAAGGAAGAAGAAGAAGCGUAAUAAGGACAAAGAAGAUAAGGAUCACCACCACCAUUCUGACGCCGACACGGGUGGAAGCAAGGCACUAGUUUUGUCUGACCCUGUCCAAGAUGAAGAAGAUGGCAAUGCUGAGGGCAAGUCAACCGAAGAUAGCGGGGGUCACUGGGAUGAUAAUCUCACCCCUGCUGAGAGACGUUACAUUGAACAAAAGACGAAGAUUGAUAUGCAUAAGUUGGCAAAGACUGCGAAUAAAUCUCACCGCGACAGAAUCGAGGACUUCAAUCAGUAUCUAGCUAAUAUGAGUGAGCACUAUGACAUUCCUAAAGUCGGACCUGGUUGA